AUGGCUUAUUUAGUCUUGCACUACAAGCAGAGAGGUAUACGUGGUAACUCGAACGUGCUUGAGUGGUUAUUGCGGCGGAAACCUACUGGUUUGCUGGACAGUUUUACACAGGCGAUUGUCAUGAGCGCGAUCGAGCCGUUUACGACAAAGAUAAUGAUGGGCGAGCUAGAGGAUGUUGGAUUCGUUGUUGCUGUCUGGUGA